UGGACCCCCAGGACUAUAGCCCUAGCGUAGAAGAAUCUCAAUUUCAACAGAUUGUCACCCAAAGUCAGUUUUAAAUACAUAGUGGGAACUGGGAAGGUAAAGCGUGUCGAUUGGGAAGGAUCUGAUCUGAAGAUGCAGUGCUCAAGGCGUUUCCUCUUCCAGAUGUGUCUGAGUUUGCUGGUGUCCACGGGCUCCUGUCGGUGCAAACCACUGAACGAUGUCCUCCAAAGUGAAGAUCGCGGGGGCUUCUCUGAGACUUCCGAGCAGGACCUGGUCGAAGAGGAGGACAGGUUACACAGCUUUCUGGGAACCAUGAAGGAAGAGUUUCUGAGGAAACUCAAUUUAUCCGAUGUCCCACGGGAGCACAGCAAGAUAUACCCGCCGCCGUUCAUGAUUGAACUGUACAACAAGUAUGCCUCCGACACGUCCUCGAUGCCUCGUUCUGAUGUCAUUCGCAGCUUCACCGUUCAAGAUGUCAGUCACUCUGAAAAAAAUGGCACCAAGUCAAAACACAGACUUCUGUUCAAUGUAACUGUCCCAAAUCACGAAGAGGUCAACAUGGCAGAACUCAGGCUGUUCACCCUGCUGGAUAAUAGGACAACCUCAACCUCUACCAAUGGGAUCGGGGCUUCCAUAAAGGUCUAUGAAGUGGAGUAUAAAGGAAACAAGGCCAUUGCCCACCUUGUGGAUGGGAAAGAGGUCAUUGGGACCCAUCACUCUUGGGAAACUUUCGAUGUGACCACUGCCAUCCAGAGUUGGGUCAAGUCGGACCGCGGGGCCAGUGAGUUUGAAGUGGUGGUCGACAGGUGGGACUGUGGGCCUUUCAAAGGCGGAGGUUUGGACGUGGGCGUGGGCGUGGGCGUGAGGGAUAACACGGCAGCUGCUUUGAUCGUCUUCUCCAACGACCUGGGGAGCAGGAAGAGAGAGGCCAAGAAGGAGCUGAGGGAGAUGAUAGUUCAUGAGGAAGAGACACUCUUCUCAGGGAGCGACUGGCAAGGGACCGACUACAAUGAGAUCCCCGUGGACCUACACCCCAGGCGGAAGAGGCAGGCGGACACCAACUACUGCCGACGGACCUCCAUGCGAGUCAACUUCAAAGACAUCGGCUGGGACCAGUGGAUCGUAGCGCCCCCUGAGUAUGACGCCUUUGAGUGUAGAGGGGUGUGUUACUACCCCCUGACUGACGACAUGACCCCUUCCAAACACGCCCUCAUCCAGACCCUGGUCAAUCUCAAGAACCCCAAAAAAGCCAACAUGGCGUGUUGCGUUCCCACAAAACUCGACCCCAUCACGGUCAUGUACCAGGAGAAUGGUGUCAUCACUAUACGACACCCGUACGAGGAGAUGAAGGUGGCAAAGUGUGGAUGUAGGUAGUGAGAGGUAACAUCCAUGGUGGUCCCCUUUAAGCCAUACUGUAAAUCUGUACAGUUCUGUUGUGAGAUGCAUUUGAGUUAUUUUAUUGAGUAUAUGUUCAGCGAAUGCACAGUCUGUCUAGAAUAGCAAUAAAGCCUAUGGUACAAUAUUUAUAAAUUAUUUAUGAGCGUUAUCAUUAUUGUUAUUAGGGUUUUAGAAAAUAAUAUAGAUCAUAAAUUGGAUCUACAGAUGUAGGAUCUUAGUUAGGUGCGCAUGCAAAGCAAUACACAACUCUAGAUUUCUUACAUACUCAUAUUAUUAUUAUAAUUUACUUUGUUCUGUUCUCUCAGAUGCUUAAAUGACUUAAGCUAUUAACAUGAAUCCAACGUCCCAAUGUGCAGACUGCCACAACAGACUGGCCACCAUUAGCAUAAAAUAACUCACCAACAAUAACUCUUGAAACGUUCAAGCUGGAGACACCAAACCAACUUUCACAUUUCCAGACUAUUCUAAUUUCAGAUUCUCUAAAACUUUAAUCAACUAGAACGAUAAACGUUUGCAUAAAUUAGCAUAAAAUAACUCACCAACAGUAACUCUUGAACAGUACAAUUUAGAGACACUAAACCAACUGUCAUAUGUUCAGGCUAUUGUAACUUCACAUUCUUUCAAAUCGUAAUCAACUAUAACUAUAUAAAUGUGCAUACGUUUGCAUAAAAUAACCCACUGACAGUAACUCUUGAACCAUUUCAUCUAGAGGCACCAAACCAACGUCCAGAUGUUUGGGCUAUCCUAAUUUCAGAUACUUAAAAACUUGUAUCAAUCAGAGACUCUGGGUUCGCACCCAGGCUCUAUCAUAACCGGCCGCGACCGGGAGGUCCG